AUGUUGACUGAUCUCAUGGACCCGCGCCAGUGGCAUGAAUUUGCACGAUUGCAAGGUCCCGAGCCCGUUAACGUCUUCGACCAAAGUUGCGCGGACGUCGCGCCAGACUGCUAUUUCUAUCCAGUCCUAUCAGCUACCGAAGUUGAAGAUGUCCCAUCGAUGGUGAGAAAGCAUGCGCUGGACGGAUGGUGGUUGGAGCAGCAGGAGACGGAGCAGCGAUCCUUGAACACAGAGCAGCGGAAGGAGACAGAGGCAUUGCAUAGCAAGCACGAACGAGAGCGGAACACAUUGACGACCAAGCAACGGAUACAGCGGAAGUUUGUGGAGAGGGCAGCACAUCGCGAGUCGCGACUGGCUCAGCUGGAUUCUACGAACAUGGUUCAGGAGCGAGAACUUCGCAAGAUGCAAGAAAUGGUACACCGCAUGGAAGAAGAUAACGCACUUUUGAGGAGCCGGCUCGAAGAGGCAACGACGCGCAUUGAGUCGCUAUGCGAACAGAACGAGUCACUCAGGACAGUGGUGGCACACGUGGAGGCGGCUAUACACUCCAAUCUCAAAGUGCGAGGCAGCAUGGGUGCUGCGAUCAGCGCGGAGCCUCUGAGUCCGCUGCUACAACCGAAUGGCUUGCCACCUACAUCGACAGAAGCCGCGGAGGAUUCAGACUGCAUCGAGGUGGACCCACGGAAUUGCAAAACCGGAAAACGUAACUUUCAGGAUUACGAAGAUGACACAACGACUCCCAACGCUGAUCGGCACCGGCGGAAGACUCGCCGUGGCUUGGGCAGAGAAGCGUAA